CUGACUUUUGUUCAGGAUCCCGUGCUAUUUUCGGGCACACUUCGAUUCAAUUUGGAUCCAUUUGAAAGAAACACUGAUGCUGAAAUAUGGAAAGCUUUAGAACUAGCUCACUUGAAGCUCUUCAUUGCUAGUCUACAAGGUGGGCUUGAUUACGUGAUCAGCGAAGGAGGAGAAAACAUCAGUGUUGGUCAACGUCAACUGGUGUGUCUUGCACGUGCAGUGCUGCGGAACGCGCGCGUACUUGUCUUGGAUGAAGCAACUGCUGCUGUCGACGUAACAACUGACUCACUGAUACAGAUAACCAUUCGUCAGCAGUUCAAGCACAGUACUGUAUUCACGAUAGCGCAUCGCUUGAAUACCAUCAUGGAAUAUGACAGGAUCAUGGUGCUGGAUAAUGGUCGAAUAAUCGAGUUUGACUCACCUCAGACAUUGUUGAUGGAUCGUGAUUCAGCUUUCGCAAAAAUGGUCGAAGACUCGGAAUCCGAGUCGAAGCGAGCAUAG